AUGUCUUCGCCCUUCACCUACGGGGAGCCUUCUCCUCGUACCAUGCCGGGCGCCAUGGCCGACGACGACGAUGACCAUAUCUCCGACAUCCCCAGACGGCUCAUGCGAGUCAAAGUACUGUAUACCUUUGAUGAUCAGAACAAGACAUACUGCCUGGCUCGCCUACCAAACGCGUUAAACAUCCCUGCAGUCGUGGUUGAUGAAGACACUCAGGUGGGCGUAAUCGAGCUGCGGACUUGUAUAGAAGCCAUUGUGGCCGCUAGCCCCGAACUAGUCGCCAGGCUAGGCCACGACUACACCGUUUACGCUUACGACUACUCUGAAUACGAAACGCCUCUGGUUGGCCAGGGCAUGCUAUCAUGGAUUCUUGCUUCUGCCUCCACCACCCCGAACGUGCCUGCGGGCCAGUCACAAACGAUGGUCACCGGAAAAGUCUGCAAAAAUAUUUUAGGCCUUUUCAACAAUGGAGUCAAAGAGACGUUGGAAGUAAAGUUGAAGCUGGUACCCGUGCCGACCUUCCUGCAGAGCGAAUAUCUCGAAAGUAUGGAGAGAUAUCGUAGCCUUAGCAGGGCCUUCCCUGAGGGGUUUGAUCACAGCUCCUGGACCGCAUUCCUGAAGGCAAACCCGGAUUUCAACGCGAUUGCAGCACAGAUUACGGCAGGGCCACAAGGAAACGGACUCCAGAGAACCAGCAGCGGCGGCGUGGAAUCCCUGCACCAACUUCUGACUCAAAACAUGGCGCCCAAUGAGAGCAGGAGAGGCAGCCAAUAUGCUUUUUCCGCACCAGGCCAAAGCCAUCAAGGCAGCAGAGCAGCGAGCCCCGCCCCCAGCUUCCGUUCGAGCCAUGCUCUUCAACAGGUCACCCAAGAUCAGUCCAGGCCUGUUUCGAGAGCGUCGCACACUAGUGAGCGUCACAUGACCAAUCAGCAGCAGCAACAACAGCAACAACAACAACAGCAGCAGCAGCAGCAGCAGCAGCAGCAGCAAUCCUUGAAUCCUCAGCCUUCAUUCAAUCAGCAACAGUCAUAUGAGGGCAAUGCGAGCCAAGAGGCGGAAAAUGAGGAGGGGCCGCCACGUAAGCGGGCGCGCGUUGUCCAGACGGAUUGGCGUGGCAAGUCGAACUUUGGUCCCAGGGCGGAUUCUCUUCGGAUCACCGCGAGCACUGCAGCAUCUAUCCGCGUCCACAAACCGGCAGCGAAUGGCUCAGCUGCGGCAGGCUCAAAUUCAUUGGAGCCACCCCCAAGAGCCCCUACACCUGUUCCGCAAGAGCGCCCACAACCGAGAGGCCGUCCAUCUGUUAGCGGCAGUUCCCUUCGUCACCAGGCAUCAAAUGAGAGUGUAGGAACAUAUGUUUCUCCUUACGCCCAACGUCCACUCUACUCGGAGUCGGUGGCCGCCUCGGAAGAUGAACAGAUGGCAGACGCUGAGGACUCACCCGCCGAUUUCCCCUCGUCCCCACCUGUUUACACUCAGAACAAUGAGUCGCCUAUGGCUGCUUCCAGCCCUGGCCUGCCUACUCUGCCAUUCCAGGAUGACUCGGGCUUCAUGAGUGGGUCGAUGACCGGACACGACGACUACCUCGAUCUCAUCACCGCUAACAAAACUGGACCAGUAGGGCAGCUUGCCAAUCCCCCACCUCCGCCUCCCCCUUCAGACCAAAUCUGGCAGAUGGAAGUUCCUGGUCCCGCCGAGCUGCUGCCUAGGACUGUUAAACCACCGCCACUUCAUUACAAGCACCAGCGCCGGGCUGAAGAAGCAGCUAACAACAAUAAUUCUGAUGCCGAGGCAAGGUCAUCGCCAAAGCCUGAAACGCGCGGAAGAAAACGAAAUUCGACGAAACCACCGCCCCCACAGGCAACUCAGCAUAGACUUGCACCAAUGGCCGCGCCCUCACCACAACCGAUUCCUCAAUCAACUCCUCAGCCCACGCAAGCGUCGCCGCCUGCCCCUGUUUAUCCGCCUCAAUUGCAUCAGUCGCAGUCACUUCCCGCUACUAGUCCACCUCUCAUGCCAAAUGUCGUGGCGACUACUGAAAUCUGCGGUCCCGCUGCGUCAAUAGCUACGAAGGCUCCAAAGAAGGUCGCUCCCCCCAAGACAAAAAGGUUUUCGCGUUCGAACACUUGGUCAGCGACUACACCACAGGAGACUCAAUCGGAGGAACCACCUGGGCCUGCGCCUGAAUCUCGAUCAGCUUCACCCAGGCCUCGGAGUGGUGCUGGUGCUAAGCGCAAAAAGCUUAUCGAGGAGAGGCUUUUGGAGAGUAUUGAAGAAGGCAAGAUGCCAGACUUCUGUGCGUGCUGUGGGCAGAUCCAAACACCGACCUGGCGCAAAGCUUUCGUCAAAACGGUCGAAGGGGUUCCUGAAAACAUUCCUGUCUCUCUUGACGAGCCAGGAGCGAUCAUCGGUCAUGAGGUUGUUGAGCCACGACCGGAUGAGACCGAUUUUGUGCCAAAAUACAGGCUCUUCAAGAAGUCGUUGACAAAUGAGGACAAGGUCAACAAAGAAUAUGCUACUAUGCUUCUGUGCAACCCCUGCGGUUUGUAUUUUGCUAAGGCAGGCAAGAUGCGGCCCCGCGAGAAGUGGGAGCCCAAAACGAAGCAAGAGCCAAAAAAGCGUGGGAGGCCGAGGAGAAGAAAGACUGUUGACACUCAAACCGCUCCGACUUCUGACGUUACAAUGGAACCGCCUUCAGCCACUUUCGCGGACGCCAUGUCUUCGGCUCUUUACACCGACCAAGCUCUUCCUAGCGAUGCGAUGGAAUGCGCAGUUCAAGAAGAAGUGCAACAAUCCCAGGCCUCGCAACAGCAGAACGCUCCAGAAACCAAUCUCCAAAGAGAAGACCAGAACUCAAACGUGUCCCAGAAAUGGGAUAACGGAGGUGCGAAUGCAUCACUGAUGCGCUCAAUUAGGUCGAGCCCGGCUAAGUUGCUGGGAUCUCAGGAGAGUCCGAUCAACCUGGAUGAAGAUGUCAUUUCCCCAAAGCCGACUAGGAGGCUUCUCUUCCCAUCUCCUCGGAGAGAGGGUCAAGUCAAGUCGCUUGAGGAUGGCUCAAAAGAUUAUCCCACCACGAGUAAACAGUCUGCUCCGUCCGUUCAAGACCCAGCAUCGGCUGAGAAUGCCGAAAACACCGAAAAUAAAGAGAAUGUGCCACCUCCAGUCGAUGAAGAGGAUGAUGGCUUGGGUUGUUUGUUUGGCGACGACGAAACAAUCGAAAACAUUGCUACUCACGAAACCCCCAAGAGCGGCAAGAGUGCUCGAUUCGCCGACUUGUUGAAGACGCCUAUCUCGAAAUCAAAACGCGCCGCUCUUACACCUAAGGAUGGAAACCAGAAUGCCGCUGAUCCUUUCGGUCUAAACCUGGUAUCCCCGAAGAAUCCCAUGACCCCCUUAACGGCAUCCCUCAACGCCAUGUUCGGGACAAACAAGACACCUAAGUCGGCCGGUGCCAUCAGCAGAGAAUGGUUUAGUUCUCCCGGCGCUUCCAAACUGUUGGAUUUUAGCGACUUCGAUUUCGGCAUGGAUUCGGAAGGUAUGCAAUUUUCUAGCUCUCCCGCAGGCAUGCGUGAUGCGUUCAAUUUCAAUCUUUACGAAGAUCCAAUGGCGGGAUCUUCGGGCUUCUGGGACACAACAUCUCUCUUCAAUGGCAGCGAUCCGGUGCAAGGAAACAAUGCGAAGUCGGACUCCGGAAAUGAAAACGAAACCCCGAAGGAUGGUGAUGCAGCCGUGGAGCUUGCGGGGAUUAUUGACGAGGUCACCAAGGGCGGUGCUCACGGUACACAGGGAACGACGAGGUCCGAAGCAGAGACAGAGACCGAAGAGGUCUCUCUUAUCAACAUGCCUAGCGUUAGCGCAGCAUAAUCGUUACGAGCAGAAUGGCGUUUGCGGGAUCCGGGCAACGGACAGGGACAGGGACAGGGAUACAAACAGCGAUUGAUUUUGUUUUGGGUUAUAUGAGUCCGUUAAGCAUAGCGUGGCGCACUUGGGUAAACGAAGGAUGGAUGUUACGCGUUGAAUAGGGCCAUGGCAAAGGCAUAGCAUAGCACGAUCGUUAGUAGUAGUAGUAUUAGUUAGGCAGGGCUGUUUGCCUUGCGAAAUGAGAUAUGUUGAAC